CAGCGGCGGCCAGGCACCUGCACAGAGCUUCGCCAACGAGCUGCCCCCGCGCGCAGCGGCCUCGUGAUUUCCCCGCGGAGCGGCUCCCCACCUCCCCCCGCCUCCUCCAAACCCAGCUGCCUCCCCGCGAUCGCUCGCCUCUCCUCCAGACGCCCGCGUGCGGGACAGAGCUAGCCAGAGCGCGGCGGCAGCUGGAGGUGACACGGGGCAGACUGCGCCCGUGGCAUUGCCAAGCGGAUCACCGGGCGCUGCGCGAAGGAGAGACCGGAGCGCCUAGCCUCGUGGGAGCCCAGUGGAGCCUGUUUCCGCGCUCCGGCCACCGAGCACUCCGGACACCAGAGGCCUCGGAACCAACAAGCUGAUGGCGUCUUCGACCCCUUCCUCGUCCGCCGCCGCUGCGAACGCGGGAGCUGACCCCAAUACUACCAACCUGCGCCCCACAACCUACGACACCUGGUGCGGCGUGGCCCACGGAUGCACCCGAAAACUGGGACUCAAGAUCUGCGGCUUCUUGCAAAGGACCAACAGCCUAGAAGAGAAGAGCCGGCUGGUGAGCGCCUUCAAGGAGAGGCAGUCCUCCAAGAACCUGCUCCCCUGUGAGAACAGUGACCGCGAUGCCCGCUUCCGCCGCACAGAGACUGACUUCUCCAACCUGUUUGCCCGAGAUCUGCUUCCAGCAAAGAAUGGGGAAGAGCAAACAGUGCAGUUUCUCUUGGAGGUAGUGGACAUACUCCUCAACUAUGUCCGCAAGACCUUCGACCGCUCCACCAAGGUGCUGGACUUUCACCACCCGCACCAGUUGCUAGAAGGCAUGGAAGGUUUCAACUUGGAGCUGUCUGACCACCCUGAAUCCCUGGAGCAGAUCCUGGUUGACUGCAGGGAUACCCUGAAGUAUGGGGUCCGCACAGGUCACCCUCGCUUUUUCAACCAGCUCUCCACUGGACUGGAUGUCAUUGGCUUAGCCGGCGAAUGGCUCACAUCAACUGCCAAUACCAACAUGUUUACAUAUGAGAUCGCCCCCGUGUUUGUCCUCAUGGAGCAGAUAACGCUUAAGAAGAUGAGAGAGAUAGUUGGAUGGUCAAGUCAAGACGGUGAUGGCAUAUUUUCUCCUGGGGGCGCCAUUUCCAACAUGUACAGCAUCAUGGCCGCUCGCUACAAGUACUUCCCAGAAGUUAAGACCAAGGGCAUGGCCGCUGUGCCCAAGCUGGUCCUCUUCACCUCAGAACACAGUCAUUAUUCCAUAAAGAAGGCCGGGGCUGCCCUUGGCUUUGGAACCGACCAUGUGAUUUUGAUAAAGUGCGAUGAAAGGGGGAAGAUAAUUCCGGCUGAUUUAGAGGCAAAAAUUCUUGAAGCCAAGCAAAAGGGAUAUGUUCCUCUUUAUGUCAAUGCAACUGCUGGCACCACUGUGUAUGGAGCUUUUGAUCCCAUCCGGGAGAUUGCAGAGAUAUGUGAGAAAUAUAACCUUUGGAUGCAUGUCGAUGCUGCGUGGGGCGGAGGGCUGCUCAUGUCCAGGAAGCACCGCCAUAAACUCAGUGGCAUAGAAAGGGCCAGCUCAGUCACCUGGAACCCACACAAGAUGAUGGGCGUGCUGCUGCAGUGCUCCGCCAUUCUCGUCAGGGAAAAGGGAAUUCUCCAAGGAUGCAACCAAAUGUGUGCAGGCUACCUCUUCCAGCCAGACAAGCAGUACGACGUCUCCUACGACACUGGGGACAAGGCAAUCCAGUGUGGACGCCACGUGGACAUUUUCAAGUUCUGGUUGAUGUGGAAAGCCAAGGGCACAGUGGGAUUUGAACAGCAGAUCAACAAGUGUCUGGAUUUGGCUGCGUAUCUCUACGCCAAGAUUAAGAACAGAGAAGAAUUUGAGCUGGUGUUCGAUGGUGAGCCUGAGCACACCAACGUCUGCUUCUGGUACAUUCCACAAAGCCUGCGGGGCAUUCCGGAUAGCCCUGAGCGGCGGGAAAAGCUCCACAAGGUGGCUCCGAAAAUCAAAGCUCUGAUGAUGGAGUCAGGCACCACCAUGGUUGGCUACCAGCCCCAGGGGGACAAGGCCAACUUCUUCCGGAUGGUCAUCUCGAACCCAGCUGCCACCCAGUCUGAUAUCGACUUCCUCAUCGAGGAGAUAGAGAGGCUGGGCCAGGAUCUGUAAUCACCCGCGGGAGACCCUGAGGUUCUGGGGAGCCUCUCCCCACUGGCAAUCUAGAACAAACUUCUAUUAAGUCGCUGAAACCCAUAGUUCAUUUCAUUGAGGGAAAACAUAAUAUCUUGAUGAAUACUGUUAAAACCUUACUUAAGCUUGUUUGUUAUAGCUAUAGCAGGAAGUACUGUUCUUUUUUAAAAGUUGCACAUUAGGAACACAGUAUAUAUGUACAGUUAUAUAUACCUCUCUAUAUAUGUGUGUGUAUAGUGAGUAUGGCUUAGUAACAGAUCACAGCAUGUUUCCCACACCAAGAGACUCACUGUACCUUCAGCAGUUACUGAGGGGCUCACCCUGCUGUACACCAGCUUGCCCACCAGCCACAAGAAAGACUGUUCACAAUGUGGUAUCCUAGGAGCCAAGGGGAAUGCUGGGAUGGGAGCUGACCUCACUGUCAGGCUUUCUCUCACCUGAAGUCGUGAUGGAUGAGAAGUAGCACCACUAGGGGACCAGUCACACCCUCCCCAUUAGUGUCCUAUUAAGGGGAAAUCAUAGCAUUGUCGCGGGUAUAAAAUGGCUGUGUUUUUUUUGUUUUUUUGAGAUUAAUUUGUGUCGUCUGACCUUGGGGGAGGGAAAGAACACAUGUAAUAAUUCUCAUGACUGUUUACUUGUAGGUGAAAUGAAAUAUUCGCUUGUUUAUAUCCAGAGAUUCACCAUGUGAAAGAGGUGUCUUGUAUUCUCUGCCCAUUUGUAAGGUAUCUUAUUUAUAUAUUCUUGAAGUAAGUUCUGGAAGCUGUUUUAUGGUAUUUUCGUGCACUUGUGAGCCAAAGAGAAAAAGAUGAAAAUUUAGUGAGAGUUGUAUUUAUAUUAGAGUGCCCUUAAAAUCAUGACUUAAGCAUAUGUUUGUUGUCUGUAAAAGAAUGCUGAUAUUGUACAUAGAGCCAUAUAUAUGGAAAUCCCAUGACUCCAAUUGCAUCUGCUCUCUGUCUGGCUGUAUGUCUGUGUUCCCAAUGCUUCUCUAGUAACUGUGGGAGAAUAACUAGAUCUCGUGUAGUUUUGUAGUUGUUCAUGACCAAUCUCUGUGACUCGCUUAGCUGAAACCUAAGGCCAUGUUUCCGAGGACCUUCCGAAGAUGUCACUCAGACAAACUGACCAGGCUCACAACUGUUUCUGAAGAGAGGAAAUUCACACUGUGCGUUUUCGAGUAUGCAAGAAGAAUAUAAAUAAAUAAAGAUAUUCUCCAGCGAGAAUUUGAACAAAA